AUGUGCCGGAUCCUCUGCAUGCGUCAGGAGUUGCUGAUGGACCCGAACAAAGAGAAGAUUCUCACGAUUUGCGCCCGCUCCAAGUCGGCCGCUCGUCGGUCCGCGGCUGCCGACCCAUUCGACGAGGUCCAAGCGGUACCUGCCGCCUGCUACUGCGCCAUCUGCCCCCUCCAAUGUGGCCCUCACUACCGAUACCCACCGCCCCAACACCACCACCAGCUGCAACAGCAUCAGCAUCAGCAUCAGCAACACCAACAGACCGUCUGGCCCUGCUGUGCCUUGAUGGCGCCAGUCUGUCCACACUGCGGCCCCGUCUGCCCGGCUCAUCUGCCCAGCCUCCCGGUCGCCUCGGCCGACGAUUGUCAGAUCUGCAGGCAGCAACGCCUCCAGACGCCGUCUCGUCCGGACGUCGAGUCGUCCGUCGGCGAACUGGCCAACGAGGCCGGACCGCCUCGCAGCCACCGGCAACCGCAGGUCUGGAGCCAGACGUCGACGCCGCGCCGGCCCGUCUGUUGCCGGCCUGCACCAGUCUGUCGUCAAGGCGACCGGCCGGGCUCGCCGUUCGCCUCGAGUCUGUCGCAGACCACUUCCAGCCCCGACCGGCUGCACAGACGGUCCGAGGAGUCUGCGGUGGCAGCAAAGGCUGGCACCUCCGCCGCAGUGGGUAGGUAUCAUAAGAGAGGGGAUUGUGUCCUCACGAAUGAGUAG